AUGCGCAGCACCGGUGCUCAGCUGCUUUAGCGCGAACCGGCUGAAAAUGGCAAAAAAUAAUUUUAUAUUCACGCAGUGCGUCUUAUAUUUUUUGGCUUUCCUCUUUGGGUUUAUCGCCGUAGUGCCUCUCUCUGAAAAUGCGGAGGACUUCGGAGGAAAAUGUUUGCUCUUCACACGGGGUAUGUGGCAGAACGAGAACAUCACGGUGUCCAAGCAGCGCUUCAUGGUGGAGGACUGGGGACCAAAGUCCUCAUGCAGCUUCAUCACCUUCGUCGGCGUGGCCUCGCUCGUGCUGUCUGCUGUUCAGGCCUGGAGGCUGCUCUUCCUCAUCUGCAAAGGCCAUGACGACUCCAUAUUUAAUGCCUUCUUGAACCUGCUGAUCAGCUUGUUUGUGGUGUGUGCUGUGUUCCUGUCGAGCACCAUUGUGACUGUGGGCUUUAACUUGUGGUGCGAUGCUAUUACAGAGGGGGGCAGCAUGCCCAGCAGCUGUGAGGAUUUACAAGACACUGAUUUGGAGCUGGGCUUAGACAACUCUUCAUACUAUGACCAGUUUGCCAUUGCACAAUUUGGACUUUGGGCUGCUUGGUUGACCUGGUUGGGUAUCACUUUCAUGGCCUUCCUGAAGGUCUACUAUAACUACCGUCAGGAAGACCUGCUGGACAGCCUGAUCCACGAGAAGGAGUUCCUGCUGGGCCGCUCCUCACGCCGCUGCUCUGACGUACUGGAUAAGAAAAGUUCCAUGAUCUGAAUCUCUCUAGAAGCACAGCACAUGGUCUGAUUGUCUGAAUGUGAUGAUUCGAGCUGAGACACAAAGCUGACAGGCACUGAAAUGAUUAGUAUGUCAAGGUUGUUUUUGCCACAGACAUGUUGUGCUUGAACUGUUAAUGCACCUUAAACAGCUCCUGACAACCUGUCUGUAAUCUGUGGGAGGCCAGUAAAACUGAAUCAAACAUCGACAUCUAAAUCGACAUGUAAAAGGCUGUCUGCAAGCUUACCCCAAAGACUUCUUUAUUAAAAAUCUAAAUUUAACUUUUUAUUCAUUGCUUAAUAAUAAAUAUUAAAUGUUAUGCAUUUGAUGUUGAGCUCUUCCCAGGGCAAAAAUUCACCAAAAUGAAAUGAAAGAGAUUUUGUUCUUAAGAAUGAAAGGUCUGAAACACUAUUGUGGCAAAGAGAACUUUGGCUCUUUUUUGGUCCCAGAAUGUAGAGAUUACUGCAGCCUUGAUAGUUAUACAGGGGCUUAAAAUGUAAGUGACUGACUAAUGACCUAUAGUGCUAUUAAAUUAUUGUGAAACCUGUUUACGCUACAAUUAAUCUAAAUAUUGCACAUGUCCAGUAACACAAAUACCAUUAUAUCUUAUUGUACUUUUACUUUACUAACCUCAAAUUUUGGGUACAAAUUAUUAUACUGUAUUUGUUAUAGGCUUGAAUUCUGUAAUAUGAGUCUCAAAAUGAAUUCAAAUUCUGUUGGUGUUUUCUAUCUACAGUAUUUGGUCUAGAUUGGUUUACAGUAGAUAUUUAUUUUCUCUGGUUCUGUUCUUAUCAUUUCUUUAUUAUCUAUAUGUGUAUGCAUAUACAGCAAGUGUGAUGUAUGUAAAGAUGAGUACAACCAUAUAGGCAGUUCAAUAUGAAAAUGUGUCUGCAUUACCUUCUUACAGCUUCUAACAAAAGACCAUAAUGGACUUAUUAAUCAUACAACAUUUUUCAAAUGAAACAAAAUGGGUAUUGAAGCAAAAAAAGGCAUACAAUUGCACAGUGUGUAGUCUUUCAGCAUUACUUAUUUUCUUGCAACGUGUAGGUAUUUGCCACCUGAAAUCUUGUUGCAUGCUGGAAUAAAUGUGUGUGUGCAUUUUCAAUAUACUCAGUUUAAAAAUAGCCAAAUUAUCGUUUGUUGCCUCAAUGCCAUAUUUAUAUUCUCUGUUCAUUUAAUUUGGAAAGUGCAUGAAUAAUUAUUUGAGCAUAUCUUUAUAACCUGUUAAACCUUUGUACUCCAUGUCCAAUAUAAAACACCUGCCAUAUU